AUGCAAGUUGUUAGUCCGUUCAAGGCACAUUCGAAGUCCAGUCAGAGCUCCACCAUCUCCACUUUCAACACUCUCAUUGCCGCCAUGGCUGCAGCUCUCGUCAUCGGCGCCGCCUCGUCUCUGCUGCCCUACUCCAUCAGCGCCACAGCACGCGUCGCUUCUCCCGCCGCCGCGCCCCUACGCUCCGCAUUCCUUCCGCGUCCGCCUCUUUUUUCCCAACGCGCGCCUCCGCUUCUCCCCCGCCGGGCGCACAUCGGAGAGCAGGGGAGAGUGGGGCUUGGGGCGUCGGGGAAGAGGGGGAACGGCGUGCGGGCAGAGGCGCAACCAGAGAAGCCAGAGGGCAGUCCGCCCUUCGGCUACACGCGGCUGGACGUGAUUCUCAUCGGCGUCGGCAUCACUGUCGCUGGGGUCGCCCUCAAGUACGGCCUCGAGUUGGCGGGGUUUGACUCGUUCCAGUCGGGCAGCGUGGUGCAGCUGGUGCUGGUGUUGGGGCUGUGCUUGGUGUGGGCGGCCAGCUACGUGUGGCGAGUGGGCAACAAGGAGAUGACGUAUGUGAAGCAGCUCAAGGACUAUGAGGACGCCGUCAUGAAGAAGCGGCUGGAGGCGAUGCCGGAGGCGGAGCUGGAGGCCAUGUUGGCGCAGGUGGAGGAGGAGAAGGAGCGCCUGCGCCGCGCCAGGGGCAAGGCGGACGCUGACGCCAAGCAGUGA